AGCUGCAUCCUGGGGCCUCAACCAUCCUCCUCCACCUCCUCAACCACCUCAACCAUCCUUCUCCAACCUCAGUGUCCAACGAGGAGCCAUGUUUUAGGGUUGCCUUCACUGGACAUGUGUUCUGGUGCCCUCUCAAGCAACUUGAGGUCCCGUGACCAAUUAGGAGCCACGUUUUGGGUUCGAACCCAGCAGAGCUGCAUCCUGGGGACUUCUUGACCAUCCUCCUCCAACCUCAGUGUCCGACGAGGAGCCAUGUUUUAGGGUUGACAUCACUGGACACGUGUCCUGGUGUCCUCUCAACCAUCUACGUCCAACUUGAGGUCCUGUGGCCAAUUAGGAGCCACAUUUUGGGUUUCAGCCCAGAAGAGCUGCGUCUUGGAGCCUUCUCAAUGAUCCUCUUCCAACCUCAGUGUCCAACGAGGAGCCACAAUUUGGGGGUUGACAUCACCGGACACGUGUCCUGGUGCCCUCUCAACCAACUUGAGGUCCCGUGACCAAUUAGGAGCCACAUUUUGGGUUUGAACCCUGCAGAGCUGCAUCGUGGGGCCUCCUCGACCAUCCCCAUCCCAACCCGGUGCCCCCGACCCAUCCAGGUGCCACCUGGGGUCACCCCACGGUGUGGGCUUCCCGGAGCCGGGCGGAAGGUGCCACGGCCGUGGCCAGAUUAGAGGCGAAGGCGGAGGAAGCCGUUUCCUCCUCCGGCCCCAGAUAAAAACCCGGGGCUGGCGGUGGCAAGAGGAAGACGCGCCCGCGGCCGCGGCGCUUCACCAGCUCGGGUGGAGCCUCCCCUCCCCGUGGCCGCGCGGCCUCACGCCAGCCCCCGCUCCUGGCCCUCCGGUAUGAAGGUCCUGGUCGUGAUGCUCCUGGUGCUGGUGACCGCAGCCUCGAGGAACGUCCUGUGGGUGAUCGAGGGGACCUCCUGCGACCUGCCCUGGCAGGCUGCCCUCUUCAAAGGGGACAAGUUCAUCUGUGGGGGGACGCUGGUGGCCAGGAACUGGGUGCUGACGGCUGCCCACUGCCACGUCCCGGGCUUCAUCAACGUGCGGCUGGGGGGCCGGGGCCCCAAGGAUCCAGGAAUCUCCGAGCAGCGGCGGCUCUCGGCCAAGGUCAUCAGCUACCCGCGCUAUGACCCGGCCACCAAGGACGGUGACCUGAUGCUUGUCAAGCUCCUCCAACCCGUCCACAUCAACGAGCGGGUGAAGCCGCUGCCGCUGGCCUCCCACUGUCCAGUGCCUGGCAAGACGUGCCAGAUCUCAGGAUGGGGGUCCACCACCAGUCCCGAAGUCACCUUCCCCGAGGACCUCCACUGUGCCAAGGUCACCAUCGUCUCAGAGGAGCAGUGCCGGCGCAUCUACCCCGGCUCCAUCACCCCCAACAUGGUGUGCGCAGGCGAACCCCGCAACCGUGCCGACUCCUGCCAGGGUGACUCUGGGGGACCCCUCGUGUGUGACGGACGGCUCCAGGGCAUAGUCUCCUGGGGCCCGGGCGUCUGCGGGGACCCCCAAAAACCCGGUGUCUACGUCAACCUCUGCAAAUACACCCGGUGGAUCCAGGAAACGAUGAGAAGGAACUGAGCCCCCAGCCCCAGCCCAUCCCCAGCUCCGAUGGCCGCAGGACGGGCCCUGCAGCACCUCCUCCUCCUCCUCCCCGAUGAAGGUCCCCGGAGCCGGCCGGUCCGAGCACCGGGACACGCGCCCCGGGGUGGGCAGGGGCCAGCCGCGGGGCCCUGUGGAGAUGUCGAUGAAUAAAGUUUUAUGACGUG